AUGGAGAGAAGCGCUACACAUGCAGGUUCCUGGUAUACUUCAGAUAAAACACGUUUGAACGAGGAGCUCGAGUAUUAUCUAGACAAGGCAGUAAAGAAAUCACAAGAAAAGCUUCCUAUCAAGGGAGUUAGAGCUAUCGUUGGGCCACAUGCAGGCUUUAGAUACAGUGGGCCUACUGCCGGAUUUGCUUAUAAAGCAGUUGAUACUAGCAACAUAAAGCGUGUCUUUCUUUUAGGACCUUCUCAUCAUGCUUACAUUGAUAGCUGCAGUUUAUCUAAAUGCUCCACAUACGAAACACCAUUUGGCAAUAUUAGAUUAAACAGAGAGGUGAUUGACGAGUUGCAUGAGACUGGAAAGUUUAGAUGGAUGAGUCAAAGCGUGGAUGAAGAUGAGCAUAGUCUUGAAAUGCAUUUGCCAUUCACGUACAAGAUCUUUGAAGAUAAAAUUGAUGAUAUUUCUCUUAUUCCCAUCUUGGUAGGCUCUAUUUCUGCCACCAAAGAAAAGAUGUACGGCCAGUUGCUUGCUAAAUACUUGCAGGAUCCUCGAAAUCUGUUUAUCAUUUCAUCAGAUUUCUGUCAUUGGGGUUCUCGCUUUCGUUAUACUUACUAUACAAAGUCUGAUAAAUUGGACGAGAAACCAAUGAAUCUUGGAUCCACCAACAAGAAUCAGAUUGAACGACCUAUUUACGAAUCUAUCCAAGAUCUCGAUAUCCAAGGCAUUGACAUUCUCGAAAGCUUGAGUUUUGAUAAAUUUCAAGCCUAUUUAGCCGACACUCAAAAUACGAUCUGUGGCAGACAUCCUAUCGCUGUUCUCAUGGCUGCAUUGGAGUCAUUGCGUGAAAAGAAGGGGUCCUCCAAGCAAACCCUCAAGUGCUUGCAUUAUGAGCAAAGUAGCCAAUGCAAAAAGUACACUGAUAGCAGUGUAAGCUAUGCUAGUAUCUAUGUCCAAAUUGAAUAA